GAAAAAGUAUGAGGUGGGGGUAUUUGAAGUUUCUUCCAAAUAUUUUUCUGGCUCCGGCCUGCUUUCGUUCAAGUUAUAAUAAGAGACAGAAAAAGGAAACAAAUAAAUAGAAGUGGUAAAAGUUCAACAGAGACAAGUCUGAUGUAGGUCUCUGUUCUGCUUAUUGUUUCUGGUAAUUUCAUCAAUGGAAUCUGCAACGGCCAAAUGGGUAUUUUCCUUCCUCUAUCUCACCAUAAUCCUCUCAGUUCUCUUCUCUCUACACUUUCAAAUCGCUCUGAAAUUGAUCAUCGGUCACCAUAAACCUCAUCUCAAGAGGUCCCCAGAUCUCCCUUUGCGCUUCCGAGAUGAUGGCACCUUCAAAAUCCUUCAGGUGGCAGAUAUGCAUUACGGUACUGGGGCAGUGACUCGGUGCAGAGAUGUGUUGCCUUCUGAAUUUGACUUUUGCUCUGAUCUUAACACCACUCGCUUUCUUGAGAGGAUGAUUCGAUCCGAGAAACCUGAUUUCAUUGCUUUUACAGGGGAUAAUAUUUUUGGGACAAGCACAACUGAUGCUGCUGAAUCUCUAUUGCGUGCUUUUGGUCCAGCUAUGGAUUCUGGACUUCCAUGGGCAGCAGUCUUGGGAAACCAUGAUCAUGAAUCUACAAUGAAUCGUGAAGAAUUGAUGUCAUUCAUAUCCUUGAUGGAUUAUUCAGUAUCACAAACCAAUCCAUAUGCUGAAGAUCCCGCUGGUUCUGGCAAAGGAGCCAUGAUAACUGACAUUGAUGGUUUUGGGAACUAUAAUCUCAGAGUUUAUGGAGCUCCAGGUUCCAUUUUGGCAAACCACAGUGUCCUUAAUCUUUUCUUUCUUGACAGUGGUGCCAGAGAGGUUGUUCAAGGAAUUCGAACUUAUGGUUGGAUUAAAGAAUCUCAACUUCGUUGGCUUCGAGGUGUUUCUAAGGGAUAUCAGGGACAAAAACAGGAUCAUCAGUUGGCAGAGGGUUCACUCUCAUCUAGACCUCCGGCAAUGGGUUUUUUCCAUAUCCCAAUCCCAGAAAUUCGGCAGCUGUACAAUCAAAAGGUUGUAGGCCAUUUUCAGGAAGCUGCGUCUUGUUCAUUAGUUAACUCAGGAGUCCUACAAACCUUCGUAUCCAUGGGAGAUGUGAAAGCUGUGUUUUGGGGCCAUGAUCACAACAAUGAAUUUUGUGGGAAAUUAGAUGGUAUAUGGUUUUGUUAUGGUGGAGGCUUUGGAUACCAUGCUUAUGGGAAGGCUGGGUGGCCGCGAAGAGCAAGAAUCAUACUAGCAGAACUUGGAAAGGGUGAGAAGUCAUGGAUGGGAGUGGAGAGGAUUAGGACCUGGAAGCGUCUUGAUGAUGAGAAGCUGAGCAAGAUUGAUGAACAAAGCUUGUGGGAAUUGGAGUAAUCAAGAUGGCUUUGUGCAGGUACCAAUGUAACCAUAUCUUGCAUGUCAUUAUAUUUGUAUAUCCCCUGUGAUAACGAGACAUUUCACUGGACAAGCUUAGCGAGUUAAUGAGACAUUUUACUUACAAGCUUAGAAAGUUAUAUGAUGUAGAAAUUUAAUGCAGGUUUGAUUCCACUCAGUUCA